AUGCGGUCUGCCUUGUGGGAUCCGCCACUACAUGCGGCGGGCGAAGCUGCGGGCGACGCCAUCAUCGCAGGCUACACGCCCGAGCAGGCAGCGGCGGCUGGCGAGGCGGCGGGCGAGGCGGCUCAAGCAGCCCUUGACGAUGGCCUGUCGCCGGAAGCGGCUGAUGCGGCUGGCAAGGCAGCGGGCGACCCCAUCAUCGCUGGCAAGUCGCCCGAAGAGGCGGCUGCUGCGGGCAAAGCUUCCCGGCAAGGCGGCCCCAAAAGGCCCACGUUUUUGUACUUUCGCGGCUCAAUGGCGAGCGACCGUCCGGGCGAGGAGAAUUACGGGGAGGGCGUUAGGCAGAAGCUCGAGGCAGCACUCUCGAGCUUUCAAAUACCGAGUCACCUCCGCCGCGCUCGCUCGCUUGCGUCCGCCCCAGGGAUAGACCAGGAGCACAUCGUCUUCUCGUCCCAGGCGGUGACGCUGCCUCAAUACCUCGACGAGAUGUCGCGGUCCGACUUUUGUAUCGUGCCGUUGGGAUCCUCAUCGUGGACGCUGCGCCUCUACGACGCAAUUUUCACCGGCUGUGUCCCCGUCAUCCUCUCGGACCACAUCGCGCUGCCGUUUGACGAGCGCAUCGACUGGUCGGAGCUAGCCAUCAAGUGGCGUCAGGCUGAUGCGGAGAGGCUGCCCACGUUUCUACUCUCCCUCUCGUCGGCGCAAGUCGCCGCUAAGCGCAAAGCGAUCCUCGCCGCGCGCCACAAUCUCGCGUGGUGUGGCACGGGCGGCGCCUUCGAGCAGCUCGUCGUUGCCCUCGAGGAGCGGAAGCGGGGGCUACCGCGCCGUUCGAAGGAGGAGGCGCUGCCUACCUCGCCGGCGAGCUUCUGGAUCGAGCAGCCCGGCGACGUGGACGCGCGUGUCCGCGAGACCGAGCACUGCACUCCUUCAGCGUCCUGGGCACCCAGACCCGGCCGAGCCGCAACGAACCAGAGGACGCACGACGUGGUCACCAUCAUCCCGAGGCCGACGUGCGUGUUGCGCGCCGCGCUGCAAAGCCUCGAGACGCGGCUGCAACCUCGCAAAGUGCACCUGAUACUCGACUCGUGCGACGGCGUGGAGCUUGCCUUAGCUGACUUCCGUGUGCGCUGCGUUGAGCUCGAUGCAGCGGUCCCGAUUUUCCCGGUUGAGGCGAUGACGGUGCCUCCCGCCCGGAGGUAUUGGUAUCGGCAGCAGCUCGCAAAGCUGGCGAUGGCGUCGCACGAGGAAGUCUCGGAGACCUUCUACAUGUGGGACGGCGACACCAUUGCGCUGCUUGACGUGAUGCCGACGCAGAUGCCAGAUGGGCGCUUCCCGCUCCUGUGGGGCGCUCCGAUGGACUCGCCCGCGCACUUUGUCCAAACGACCGGCGGCGAUUACAGCUUGCCGCCGGGCUACCGCGAGUCGACACAAGCUUUGAUAGGCGUCGCGCCGACACCCAAUGUCUCGUACGUUACCCAGUGGCAGAUAUGGCACAAGCCGUUCGUCCUCGAGAUGCUGGGCGAGAUUGAGCAGCGCACACCCGAGGGGGUGCGAUGGCCCGAGGCGGUGCUCGCUGCCGCCUCGGACCACAUGCAGCAGGGCUUCUCGGAGUACACGCUCUACGGCACCUGGCUGCUCGCGCGCCAUCCACAGCAGGUCCAGCUCGUCUCGUCGCACGACGUUUCGUGGCUGCGCGACCCGCCCUCCGGCCUGCUCGACAAAGCCGGCGAGUGUUGCCCGUCGAGCGAGAGCCUCUGCCAGGCCUUCGUGGAGGUGGAGCAGCUCUGCGGUCCGCUCAACGACGUGCCUGAGGGCGCGACGCUCCAGGCCAUCACCAUCGAGAUACCACCAUCGAGUAGUCUCGCUGCGCAGCACAUCGGGGACGUGGCGGCGAGGGCGCUUUGGGAAGGGAUUAGCGUCGCCGUGAGCAUCGUUGGCGCGAUCUAG